AUGUGCGAGAAGUUGAAGAGAGAAUACCAAGUGUGCGAGGAGAUCGGGCGGGGGCGAUUCGGGGUGGUGUACCGGUGCUUCUCCGCCGUCUCUGGCGACUCAUUCGCCUGCAAAUCCAUCGACAAGCGCCUCCUCUCCGACGCCGUCAAUCGGGAGUGCGUCGAAAAAGAGCCCAAAAUCCUCCAACUCCUCUCCAACCAUCCCAACAUCCUCCAACUCUAUCAGGUAUUUGAUGACAAAAAGUACAUCCAUAUUAUCACGGACCUUUGCUCCUCCGCCUCCCUCUACCACCGCCUCACCUCCUUCGCCCUGUUCCCUGAACCCAACGCCGCCUCCAUUUUCUACCCCCUAAUCUCCGCCAUCACCCACUGCCACCGUCUAGGCAUCGCCCACAGAGACAUCAAGCCAGACAACAUCCUCUUCGACCCUCGCAACAAGUUAAAACUUGCCAACUUCGGCUCGGCCGAGUCGUUCAACGGGGGCGGCACGAUGAUGAGUGGGGUGGUGGGGACACCGUACUACGAGGCGCCGGAGGUGUUGUUGGGGAGGGAGUACGACGAGAAGGUGGACGUGUGGAGUGCUGGGGUGGUUUUGUAUGUGAUGUUGUCGGGGUUCGUGCCGUUUUAUGGGGAGACGGCGGGGGAGACGUUUGAGAAGGUGGUGAGGGGGAACUUGAGGUUUCCGACGAGGGUUUUCCGGGCGGUGUCCGGGGAAGCGAAGAAUCUGUUGAGGAAGACGAUUUGCAAGGAUGUUUACAGAAGGUUGUCCACCGAGCAAGUUCUCAGUAAGUUCGAUUUCUCUAGCUCUCAUGCAUACUUGCCCACGGGCAUUGAAUGA